UUAUAUCAAUAUCAAUCCACAUUCCUUACCCACCACUGCUUCACCCACACAAUUUUCCAAGCCAAUUUGUAAAAUUUUCACAUCAAUUAUUGUUAUUAUGGUUAGUACAAGCAUCAUCUAAACCUUUUACCCCUUACACCAACACAACACAACACCACCAACAACAUCAACUGUGUAAAAAAAAGAAGAAAAAAGUACAAAGAGAAACCAAUACAUAUAUACACAGUUACACAAACUCUACCCUUUAGUUCAUAUUAUUAAAUUUUUUUAACUUGUCAUAUUAUACCCUUUUCCUCUGUUUUUGCUCUGUUUCUUCUUCAAGGGUCUUUGUUUUGCAUUUUGGAGAGGCCUUUGGGGUGCCCAUUUUGUGAAUUUGAGUCUUUGGAGGUCUUUUGACGUUGCAUUAUUGAGUUGGUGUGGAAAGUUGAGACCUUUUUUGGUGGGGGUGGUUUUGGAUGGGGAUUGAGAAGGCCUUAGCUGAGAGAAAAGGAAGAGAAUUUUGUGGAAUUUCAAGGGAAACCAUUGCCAGCAGCAACUCACGGCGGAACCGGCGGCGGCAGAGGAAGAAGCCGCCGGUUCAGAUGCUCUUCGAGACUUGUAAGGUUGUCUUUGCCUCUGCGGGUACAGGCUUUGUCCCUCCCCCUCAGGACAUUGACAAGUUGCGGUCAGUUCUAGAUGGAAUAAGGCCAGAAGACGUUGGUUUGAGACCUGAUAUGCUGUAUUUCAGGACUAGUGCCGCUCAGAGAGUGCCAAGAAUCCAGUACCUGCACAUUUAUGAGUGUGAAAAGUUCUCGAUGGGAAUAUUUUGUUUACCACCUUCCGGUGUUAUCCCUCUUCACAAUCAUCCUGGGAUGACGGUUUUCAGUAAACUACUUUUUGGUACUAUGCACAUCAAGUCAUAUGAUUGGGUCGUUGACAUGCCUCCUGAAUCUCCUAACAUCAUUAAUCCUUCAGAAAGCCAAACUCGUGAGAUGAGGCUAGCCAAAGUUAAGGUUGAUGCUGAUUUCACUGCUCCUUGCAACCCCUCCAUCCUUUAUCCAGAAGAUGGUGGCAACAUGCACUGUUUCACAGCAGUGACAGCAUGUGCAGUUCUAGAUGUGCUUGGUCCUCCAUAUUCUGACACUGAAGGCAGACACUGCACAUACUACCACAAUUUUCCUUUUUCCAACUUUUCAGUGGAUGGAUUAUCCAUACCAGAGGAAGAAAAGAGUGCUUAUGAAUGGCUACAAGAGAGGGAGGAACUUGAAGACUUGGAAGUAAAUGGAAAAAUGUACAAUGGUCCAAAGAUUGUGGAGAGCUAAAUUGCUGAUAAUCAUAUCUUCUCACAUCACAUACACUUUCUUUCAGUUCCUGUGUUUACAGAUAUUUUUUUCUGUCAAUUUCUUUCUUUUUCAAGUAGAGAAACAACUCCUGUGUUCUUCUUGUACCUUUUUUGUUGUUGUUUCUGUAGUGUUUUUGUUUUCUUUUAUGCAACAUGAAGCACUUGCCAUGCACUUGGUGCUGUUUUCAGUCUAUAGCUCUUUUGUGUACAUACCAAGAAACAGAAAAGGACAAAACUCACUGAAAAUUAAACUUCAAUGAUGGUGCAAUGCAAUUAGCUGAUCGAGCCUCGUUUUGUAGGCUAGUUGGUUAUUUCAUUCAA